GUUGUGUCAGACUCUGUCCUGCUAAUCAGAUCUACCCUUCUCAAUAUCUCCGUCGGCUUUCAGACUAUUAUAGUGUGGACCACCUGCGGCUGGUACCUUUGACCCAGAUCUAUUAUGGAGAACAUGUUUUACUUCAUAGAUGGACUGCAGCCUGACAGGACGUCCAAGAAGCUGAUGCGCCGUCAUGUCAUGAAGGGUAAAAAUGCCGGGAAGAAGAUUCACCGAGCCUCAAAAGGGCUAUCAAAAGAUUCCCAUCAGCCAAAAGCUAUCAAUGAUUUAGGCCUUCCUCACUGGCCCUGCAGCGGUAAUAGAGGCGUGGAUCCGGGUCCAGUCGACAGGAAGUUCGGUGAUACAGUCCUCACAAGCUCGUUUCCUAUGUUCGAAGUCAACCGAUAUUCCCUACAUAUUAUCAACCAAUUCUUCGACCUGACCACUGAGCGACUAUAUCCUGUCAGUCUUGGCUUUUCGUUAUGCGAAGUUAAGCUUCUGUGGCUGCGAUUGGUGUUCACGGAUGAGGCAGCCUACCACUGUAAUAUCAGUUUAAUGGAGGCAUGCAAUGAAAUAUACCUGGGAUAUGGCACUAGCAGCACUAAAGCAUUGUAUCACCUGUCCCAAGCACUCACCCAGAUCCAGAGAAGGCUCGGAACCUGCCAUGCUCUCUCAGACUCUACCAUAGGGUUGAUCAUAUCACUCAUCAUGCAGGAGCAAAUCAGGGAUCAAAGCCCUGAUGCUGAGGUGCACGCCAGAGGGUUGCAAAAGAUGGUGGAGCUGCGUGGGGGCCUUGGUGACCUCGAUAGGAACCUUACCCUUGCCCUGAAAGUCUGCAAAACGGACAUCAUGCUUUCUUUACAGUAUGGAAGGCCGACAAUGUUCUUUCGAGACCACAUGGCUGAAGUGUGGAAUAAGCUUACCACGCUUGGACACCGUCUCGACCACGUUCCAGUCACACCUUGGAAUGAUUUGCAUCCAUAUCUUAAUACUAUAUGUUCAGACAUUAUGUACCUUUGUUGUCUCUUGAAUUGUGACCCACGCCGACCUAUACUUGAUUUUUUGGGAUUCGAAGAAACCUUUGUCUCAAUCUGCUAUCGCCUUCUACAGUUUAUUCCAAUGCAGGAUUCUGCCUGUCAAAUCGACACGCAAACUGCGUGCCACCUUGGAUUGCUCAUGUUUACAAUGGCUACAUUUUUCCAAGUUGGCCAGAAGCAAAUUAUUGAUUUUAAGGCAUUGUCUCUGCGCUUCCAGAACUUCCUGGAUGGUGACCUGUGCGAGGUCGAUGAUGGGCUGAGUCUUUGGCUUAUAACUCUUGGUGGCAUCUGGUGUUCAAAAGACCUAAACCGCGGUUUGGUUGCUUCAAGAAUAGGUCUACUGGCUCGACAACAAGGAAUUAGCAGCUGGAGCGAGCUACGCGGCUGGCUUGGGAAAUUUCCAUGGAUACACGCUCUACACGACCAACCUGGGCAUGAACUAUGGAAUCAAGUACAACACAGCCACUAGACAUUGAGCGUCCAAUUCUACCGUACCCAUACUUCCGCCUG